CCUCCCCCUGCGCUCCCCCAGCCCGCCGCACACGCGGCAACGCAGCAGCCCCACGCCGCACACAGGCUCUGGCAGUGGCACUCGCAGCGCAGCAGCAGCGGCCGCCGCCACCAGGCAUGGCACAGGGCUCCGCCUCGCCAUGGCAGCAGCAGCAGCGCGACACAGCACCCUGGACUUCCUGCUCAGCGCCCCAGCUGAUUGCAAUGCCGUUCUUAAAGGUCUACAGCCUGUUUUUCAAGAGCAGGGAAUGACAGAAACAAUUCAUAACUGGGAGGAUCAUGGUUACUUAGCAACUUACAUCAACAAAAAUGGCAGUUUUUCCAAUCUGAGAAUUUACCCUCAUGGAUUAGUAUUGGUGGAUCUGCAGAGCCACAGCGAUGAUCUGAAAGGAAGAGAUGAAAUUGAUCAUCUACUAAAUAAGAUAGAAGAAAAAAUGAAAGAGUUGUUUCACAGCAGUAUCAAAAGGGUAAAGCGAUUGCCAGCAAUUGUGAGAGGAGAAGCCAUUGAUAGAUACUGGCCCACGGCUGAUGGGCGUUUGGUAGAGUAUGACAUAGAUGAGGUUGUUUAUGAUGAAGAGUCGCCUUAUCAGAAUAUUAAAAUUCUACAUUCGAAACAGUUUGGGAAUAUUCUUAUCCUCAGUGGGGAUGUUAAUCUGGCAGAGAGUGACUUGGCGUAUACGCAAGCCAUAAUGGGCAGUGGGAAAGAAGACUACACUGGGAAAGAAGUGCUGAUCCUAGGAGGUGGUGAUGGGGGUAUACUAUAUGAAAUAGUCAAACUGAAACCAAAGAUGGUCACCAUGGUGGAGAUUGACCAAAUGGUGAUCGACGGGUGUAAAAAAUACAUGCGUAAAACAUGUGGAGAUGUCUUAGACAAUCUUAAAGGAGAAUGCUAUCAGGUUCUAAUAGAAGACUGUGUUCCAGUACUGAAGAGGUAUGCCAAAGAAGGAAGGAUGUUUGAUUAUGUAAUUAAUGAUCUGACAGCUGUUCCAAUCUCCACAUCUCCCGAAGAAGAUUCUACAUGGGAGUUUCUACGAUUGAUUCUUGACCUUUCAAUGAAAGUCCUGAAACAUGAUGGAAAAUAUUUCACGCAGGGAAACUGUAUCAAUCUGACUGAAGCCUUGACCCUCUAUGAAGAACAGCUCGGCAGGCUUUAUUGCCCUGUGGAGUUCUCAAAGGAAACUGUAUGUGUACCCUCAUACAUGGAAUUAUGGGUUUUCUAUGCUAUUUGGAAGACAAGAACUGAAGUGUGAAGAUCAAGAUAUUCUAAUUGUGUGCUGCAUGGAGCAUAUAGGCUUGCCGCGUGCUGCAUAUUGGCAUCUUGAGCCUUUAAAUUAUAUGCUGUAGAUGAUCCUGAAAAUUAGUCAUGCUAUUGAUUGUGAAUUCUUUAAAUGUUUUUUAUUAUUAUUUUAAUUUAAAAGCAAAUGGAAAAUGUAUAUUUUGAUGAGGUAGGGUGUUAUUUUUGAAAGUCAACAUAAAGAUGAAUUAGCAGCAAAACUAUAGCUGCUGAAUGCACUGAACCUUUAGAAUGUGAUCCUUUUUAUUUUUUUGUAGAUCUUCACAAACUGAUUAAAAAAAGACAUCUUUAGCAUUUCA